CAAAAAAAAUCCACUUUAAGGACCAUCGACGGACAUGUUGACCCAACUUUGAUUAGAGCUCAUAUUUCCAGCAUAGAGGCUAAGUUACAGCGAGGUGCUGCUGCAUUCGAAAGAAACACUAGUGCAGCCCUCUUUUCCCCAUCGCUAACCAAGCGUGGGGGAGCAUCAGGCUCCGACCCGCUAAUAAACGAUGCAAACAGCAGUUGGUAUGGAAGAAUUGCAGUCGGUACCCCGCUGCAGACAUUUACCGUCGAGUUUGAUACUGGUUCUUCUGACUUCUUUCUACCUGGAGCAAGCUGUGGUACCCGAUGCAGUGGACACAAACUGUACAAUCCUAAUAGAAGUUCUUCUGCUGAGGCCCUUGGCAAGGCUUUCAAAAUGAAGUACGGCGAUGAUUCCAUGGUUACGGGGAAUCUAUUUACGGAGACCGUCUCGCUUGGUGGCUUCAAGGCCACUGCACAAACGCUCGGCGUUGCCUCGAACACAUCCGGUUUCUCAAAGGACAAAUCUGAUGGGGUGAUGGGAAUGGCUUUCAAGCUGAAUUCCAAUUUCAACGCAGACUCCGUUUUCGAGACGCUGGUCUCACAAGGAGCUGUCCCACAACCAGUGUUUGCUUUUAAACUUGCUUCCUCUCGUUCUGAGCUAUACGUUGGUGGCGUGAACUCUGCGUUAUAUAAAGGUGCGUUCACAUACACUCCAGUAACCAACAAGCGGUUCUGGCAGAUCGCUGGUGAUGCUAUUGAGAUUUAUGGGAAAGGAAUUGUCAAGGGAUUCUCCGCCGUUGUCGACACCGGGACGACAUUCGUCUUAGGCAAUUCGUCCUAUGUCAGUCAGCUCUACGCUACAUUUAAUGCGACAGAAGUAGAAAAAGGCAUAUAUGCGCUACCGUGCAAUGCCAUGCCAAAUGUGAGCAUCACCCUUGGGGGGAAGUCGUUUCCGAUUUCCGCGGAGACUUUCAAUGUGGGUCCUAUUGAUUCAUCAGGAAAAACCUGUCUUGGUGGUAUCGCAGGUCAUGACCUUCAAGACUUACCUUCAGGUCAAAUUCAGUGGAUUAUUGGCGACGUUUUUAUGAGAAACGUGUACACCGUUUUUGAUGUCGGACGCUACAGAGUUGGCUUUGCGGAGCUUGCAUAAGUUUUUGUCAAGCCUGCCUGGCUGCAUGGGAAUCAUACCAGAUCGGUCCUCACUUGAAACGAAAUAUUCUCCACCUUUCUAUCAUUUAAAUUCGCUGGAAUUUCUGAUUUUUUAUUCGGCGCUCAAUCGUUCCAAAAGCUAUCCAUAAGGAUAAGACAAUCAUGCACGAUUCCACUACCGCCCAGAUCUGCGUACUAAGCAGUGGGUUCCAGGCGUACAUCAUGAA